GAGCUCAAUUUUGGCUUCAGUUGACGGUGAGCAGAGAUCGAGUCAGGUAGUGCGCAUAGUAAGCCGGGAGUUAGUUCGCGACCGUGUGAUGGUACCGCUGCGUGUCCGAAUUCGGUGGAUGGAAGAACCCGUUUGGCAGUAUAGGCCACUGAGAGUGUGUUGGUGUGGUUGGGCAUUUUAAUAGUUGGCCCCAACCUAUAUUUGCGUUUCGACGGACGUUGGAGCUCCCUGCACGGCGCGGUGUGUGGCGGGGAUUCGGAAGUCAAUAGACUCUUUAUUUACGGUUCCCGCUACGAUGAUGAUGACGGAUUGAGAGCUGUACGACGAUCUACGGGAGUGGUGUUUUGGUUAGCAAUUAGUGCGAUUGACGAAGAGGGGUAGAUUGUGGUAAACCAAGUAGCGUGGUUGUUCAAGAACAAAGGAGCACCGCGGUGAUCGCGCGAUCGUGCACAGUGGUUGAUGUUGUCAAUGAAUGAAGAAAGUAAUCGAGGAAGUGCGUGAUUGGAACGGUACCGCAUCGCAUUGCGAUUGCACUAUGCGCUAAGUUUAGAUUGUGUUGUGUUUUCGAGUUCGGUUUUCACUUUCUCCAACGAUCAUGUCCUCGGGGAAGCGAUCGAGCUCGGAGCUGACGACUCCAGCGGAAGAAGAGCGUCCGCAUAGUUUCUACGACAACAUAACCGCCGGAUCAUCCUCCGGCACAAAGACCAUUCAAAUACCGGAUAUUCAGUUUAAGUUCGAUGACGAGAUCCUAAUCACGACCGAUCCACGACGAUCGACGCUGAUGAUGAGUAAUGCCAAGUCGGAUUUUUUUGGACUUCCCAAAGUCCCCUCAGCCGUCCUGGAAGACGCCGUUGACGCAUCGAAGGAGGAAUUCGAUGAGACACAGCGUUUGAUCUCCGAUCAAGAUCGGAGCACACCUCCGACGACGAUCGUUCCUCUUGUGGCGUCUUCCCCUGCGUCCACCACCAGUACAGCUCCGGCGCGAUCUUCCGAAUCUCCAGGGCCUUCGGAGUCACCGAAAUCCCGGCCAGUUUCCAGCCUUCGAAAUAUAACGAUCAAAUUGCCGGACGCCGGAACGCCCUCCGAGGCCGUCUACAUGACAACCACCGUUCCGCAAAACUUUUCCAAAAACGCCAGCAACCUGAUAGGCCGCCACAAACCCACCCGGAGCAGCCUCAGGCACAGCCGGAUGCUGGUGGUGAACAAGAACCUUCCCCAACGUUACCCCAAGGGCAACUCCCUCAAUCUGAGGCACAUCCGCCUCAGCAGGAUACUGAUGAUCCUGAAAAUCAUAGUCGGUACGAUACUUACCUUCGUCGGGAUGACCAUCAUCGUGUGGUCGCCCAACACUCACACCAAGGACAAUCCCUACUGGGCGGGGAUGAUUCUAACUGUGAGCGGUUCCUUGUUCCUGAUACUGUUCGAUUUCAAGCGACGACCUUCGAAUCGGUUGCGGGAGAAUUUCUUCAACUUCAUCCGGGUGAACGCGUUGGUGAUACUGCUGUUGACGAUCUUCUUCACCAUGUUGGCGUUCAUCUAUGCGCUGAUUCACACGACCAAUCUGAGUUCGGAGCAUUUGCGGUGCGCCCCGGAGUACCGGUUCAAUGUGAAUUCGUCGAGUUGUGUGUGCUUGAUCGAUACCAGAGGAGGCUCGUCGAUGGCGAGGUCCGGUGGGGACGAAGCGGCUGCCAGUGAGCUGAGGACCGGGGAAGAGAUGGAUGAUGAGGACGUGGAUGGACCGAGGAGGAAUGAAACGGUCACCAGCACAGUUGGCAGUGUGGUGCUGAGUGGGUUCGAUCUGAGGAGGGCUGGUGAGCUACUGGAAGAGGAAGGCGUUAUUUGGUUGGAAUAUCGCGACUUCAACUGCAGUGAAGUGCUCAGCGUUUGGUACUAUAUCGCUCUGUCGUUUGCGAUCCUGAGCAGCUUGGGCUGCCUGUUGGCUACCAGUUUCCUGGUAAUCUACGGAAUCGAAUGCCAACGGCGGCACGAGCAAGAGCAGAAAUAUUUCACCGUCCGAACUAACGGUGAUCCACCGUCAUCGUCGUCCUCAUCGAAGGCGACCGAUCAGAGGAAAAGCGAGGAACCGGGAGCAGUUCAGGACUCUGGUGGCGGUGACGGAACGGUGCUGACCAAUGGAGACAAGAAUGUUACCGAAAGCGUAGGCUUUAAGACUACCGAAGCAUGAUGGCCGACGGUUAUUAGAAGGUAUUUGUAUUAAAGUAUUAUCGGGAGGAAAAUGAAUUCGUUUUUUUACGAAAAAA